CUAUCGUUCAAGGAGUCCACUAAAACACUUCAAACAACAUAACUAAUAUGGGUUCAUUGCCUACUGAAACCUCAGUGGAGGAGCAGCAGCAGCGGCAACCGGACUUGGAGAAUUCCAGUCGGGCAGAGAGGGCAUACUGGUUGCUUAAUUCACCAGAUCCUCCAGGCUUAUGGCAUGAGCUCAUAGGUUCCAUAAGAGAAAUUUUCUUUCCUGGAAAACUCUCUUCAUCAAAUUCAAAACAACCUUGGUCUAGCCGUUCUUUUCUAGUCUUGCAAAGCCUAUUUCCAAUUCUUAAAUGGGGAAGGAUUUACAGCGUCUCAAAGUUUAAACAUGAUUUGAUGGCAGGCUUAACUCUUGCUAGCUUAAGCAUUCCUCAGAGUAUUGGUUAUGCUAAUUUAGCAAAACUGGACCCUCAGUAUGGUCUAUAUACAAGUGUUGUCCCCCCUCUGAUUUAUGCACUAAUGGGGAGUUCAAGAGAGAUAGCCAUCGGACCAGUAGCUGUGGUUUCAAUGCUCCUAUCCUCCAUGAUUCAGCCAGUAGUAGAUGUUGCAGCUGAUCCUAUCGCCUACAGGAAGCUUGUUUUUACUGUCACUUUCUUUGCCGGUCUCUUCCAAUCUAUAUUUGGGUUGUUUAGGUUGGGGUUUCUGGUGGAUUUUCUUUCACAUGCUGCCAUUGUUGGAUUUAUGGCUGGUGCAGCCAUUGUUAUUGGCCUUCAGCAAUUGAAGGGAUUACUUGGCAUCAGUCAUUUCACCACCAAAACUGAUGUGAUCUCUGUCCUGGGAUCUGUUUUUACAUCACUUCACAAUUCGUGGUAUCCUCUGAAUUUUGUCUUCGGUUGUUCAUUUCUUGUCUUCCUCCUAUUUGCCAGGUUCAUUGGUAGAAGAAAUAAAAAGCUCUUCUGGUUUCCAGCAAUUGCUCCUCUUCUAUCAGUUAUAUUAUCCACUUUCAUUGUGUAUAUGACAAGAGCCGAUAAGCAUGGAGUUCAGAUUGUAAAACACAUUAAAGGAGGCCUUAAUCCGAGUACAGCCCAUCAAUUGCAAUUCCAAGGACCCCAUCUUGGACAAGCUGCCAAAAUUGGACUAAUUUCUGCUGUUACUGCUCUCACUGAAGCCGUUGCUGUUGGCCGGUCUUUUGCUUCCAUAAAAGGCUACCACCUUGAUGGGAACAAGGAAAUGGUAGCUAUGGGCUUCAUGAACCUUGCAGGAUCUUUAACUUCAUGCUAUGUGGCAACUGGAUCCUUUUCCCGAACAGCUGUAAAUUUCAGUGCAGGGUGUCAAACUGUGGUGUCAAAUAUAGUGAUGGCCAUUACUGUGCUAUUUUCACUGAUAUUGUUUACAAAGCUCUUGUACUACACGCCUAUUGCCAUUCUUGCUUCAAUCAUUCUAUCUGCUCUUCCGGGACUAAUUGACCUGCCUGAAGCUUACUAUAUUUUUAAGGUUGACAAACUAGACUUCAUUGCUUGCGUUGGAGCUUUUCUUGGGGUUUUGUUUGCAUCAGUUGAAAUUGGCCUUCUAGUUGCGGUGAGCAUCUCAUUUGCAAAGCUCUUGCUGAAUGCCAUUAGACCCAGCGUACAACUAUUAGGCAGACUUCCAAGGACAGACACCUUUUGCGAGAUGAGUCAAUUUCCCAUGGCCAUUGAAACUCCAGGCAUUUUGACUAUCCGCAUCAACUCUGCCUUGCUUUGCUUUGCUAAUGCAAACUUCAUAAGAGAAAGGAUUACCAAAUGGGUAACAGAAGAAGAGGAUGACUUACAAGAACCCAGAAAGAAAACUGUCCAAGUAGUAAUUCUAGACAUGUCCAAUAUGAUGAACAUCGACACUUCAGGGAUUCUUGCACUGGAAGAACUGCAUAAAGAUUUGGCUUCACAUGGCAUAGAUUUAGCAAUGGCCUGUCCAAGAUGGCAAGUACUACACAAGCUGAAAUUAGCCAAAUUUGUCGACAGAAUUGGGAAAGGGAAUAUUUUCCUCAGUGUUGGUGAAGCUAAUGAUGCAUGUGUUGGCCGUUCUAAAUUUGGUGCUCUUAGCAACUGUUAAAACGGGGAUUUCCGUAUAUCAAAUGUUUGCCACUAUUUAAGCAGAUAUUGAGAGUGUAUUACUAUAUUUUAAUUCCAUGUAACUGUCGAAAUAUCUUUAUACAAAGAAUUUUACUUUAAAGCAUAA